AUGGUUGGCGGUGGAAGCAGGAGAGACGAGGGCUCGCUCGUCAUCAACAACACCAACGUGUUCGCGGCGCUCGAGACUCUGAGGAAGAAGAAGAAGUCCGAUAAGGAUCGCAAAAGCAAAGGGUCCUCCAAGUCGGCCCAGCCCAAGGCGCCCGAGGCCCAGGUUUUUUGGGCUCCGGCUCCCUUGAACGCGAAAUCGUGGGCCGAUGUGGAUGACGAAGAUGAUGAUGACUAUUACGCCACAACGGCUCCGCCUCAAUCCGUUUGGGGACCUUCGGAGCCCCAGCAGAAUAAGGGCAGGCCAAAUGUAGAGGAUAGUGAGAGUGAAGAAGAUAUUCUUGAUGAAGGUGAUGAUGAUGUAGAGGAAGAGCAUGAUAAUGAACCAGAGGUGCCAGUAAACCCUGAGCCAGUGCUGAAGAAACCUGCUGAUGUUCCUGCGCCACCUAAGGAGGCAGAAAGGCAACUUUCAAAAAAGGAAAAAAAGAAAAAGGAACUUGCAGAACUUGAGGCCCUUCUGGCUGAUUUUGGAGUUACUCAAAAGGAGAGUGAUAGUCAAGAUGAAUCACGUGGUGCUGCACAAGAGAAGGAUAGUGCGCUGAAUGGAGAUGGAGAAAAGAAGGAAAAUCAGCCCGCAGAGUCCAAGAGCGCCAAGAAGAAGAAAAAGAAAGAUAAAGCUUCCAAGGAGGUGAAAGAAUCUCAGGACCAACCAAACAACUCAGGGGCAACUAAUGGACCGGGUGAAGUUACUGCAGCUGAACAAACAGAGGAGGAUACAUCAAAUGUUGAUGUGAAGGAGAGAUUAAAGAAGGUUGUAACUGCGAAGAAGAAGAAAUCUAGUAAAGAGAUGGAUGCUUCUGCGAAAGCAGCUGCUCAAGAGGCUGCUGCUAGGAGAGCACGGCUUGCUGCAGCUAAGAAGAAAGAGAAGAACCAUUACAACCAGCAGCCCGUUCGGUAA